AUGUUUGAUGUUGCUGAACGUCUUUGGGAUCUGCAGACAGUGCGGAUGGAACGGCAGUGGAAUGAACCAACAGGCUUCGAAGAUCAAGAGGACGUUUUAGAGGCCGUUCUACAAAUUCUGCAUGGCCGUAGGGCCACAGUGGAGACGGAUGGCAAGUCUCGGAAGCGCAAGGGUGCUUUGGAUGAUGCCGACAAGGCCUUUCUACGUGGUCUCAUGCGAAGGUAUGGCUUGGAACUGAUAGAUCAUCCGGAAAAGCCGUGUCUGUGGCAGGAAGUGUUCACCAAAGCAGAUUUUCUGCAGACACUGUGGUUCGUCAUACAGCGACUUCUGCAUCCACGUGCAUCUGGCGAGUUGACGGCUCUGCGUUGCCUCCAUCAACCUGAUCGCAUUGCUGCACUUAGAGCUUCCAGGAGUCGGGCCUUGCGAAGGAAUGGCGUCCAUGCCGAUGUGUUGUCCCUGCAUCAAGAGUUGCUGGAGUGGCAAAUGGACACGGGGACGAGUAGACUGCCGAAUGAAUCUGAAGACAGGCCUUUGUCUUCGAAGAUUGACAGCUACAAGGAGAAGGACAGAAGGAAUCGCAUCUCAAGCAUGAAGAAGGCUUAUCCUCCUGAUUUUGAACCUUUAGAGCAGUUGUCCUUGGACUGUCUUACUGGAGCAGGUGACUCAUCGACAGGUGUGCAGUGGCGUUCUGAGUUUGAAGAGCAACUUAUGCUUUCUGUACCUGGCUGGACAGAGGAUGCAAAGAAAAGUCGCACUUUUCAUACAUUGCAAGAAGUCCUCCAAUGCGGCGAUGUGUUUCUUCAACAAUGUUUUGCGACGCUGCAAUCUUAUGGAUUGUCUCUUCAGCGCAAAUUGAGCGUUCUUGCUGCCAAGUUGCAAUGCACUCCUAGCAUACCAGGUGUGGCGGAAGCUAUGUCCACUCGAUUACUCUCAACUCCACAGGACACAGAGGAGAUGGAGCUCAACAGAUAUGUUUGUCGGUUGUGCGACUUUCAAUGUGCAGACAAGGAAGUCUUGCAAGAGCACAUCAAGGACGCUCAUUCGAAUGACACUGAGGUUGCAAGAGCAUGGGUGGAAUAUCGCAAGAAA